AUGCUUCUCGACGAAGAUCCCGCUGCCCUCAUCGCACAAUGCACGUCGCACUUCAAAAUCGCCAAUGACAAAACGUCGCUUCAUCGCAUAAACGAAUCCCUCAGCACACUCAGCGAAUUUCGCACCCAACACCUUCGUUCCAUCCAAUCCUCCCUUAGCGCGCUGAACAGAACACACCAAACACUCUCCGCGAACCAUAACCACACGCUCAGCCAACACAACCCAACAAACCAUGCUGCAGAAAUCUUGAGGUUAGAUACCGAAAAGUUCAAGAUCGCGAAGCAGGCGAGUGACCUGGAGAUUGAGGGCGAGAGGCUGCAGAGCGAUCUGGCAAGAUUAGGGGGUGUAGCUGGCGAAUUGGAAGAGGAGGGCGUAGAAGGCGGCGUUGAACCUAGAGCGGGUGAGGAUGCGACAGUAUUGAAGCUCAAGCUCUACCGCACCCUCGGCAUCGACGUCGAGGCCGACCCUACGACCGGCGAGUACAACAAGGCUGUCAUUCGCAAUGCCACCAAGGGCGACGUACAUGUCGUAAACAUCGAUCCCAAGUUCUCGCGGCACUUCUACACAAACUACUUCUGGCGAACAAUGUAA